UCUGCGAGAAUCCUCAAACCACCAAUCCCGUUUUCAAGCUAUUGCGUCUGCUGCUCCGAGUCAUGAAGAAUGGUUUGAACCAGCCAUGUCCGUUUCCUCCUCGUACCCCGUUAAUUCGUACCGCUCAGCCGACAAUGUCGACCCUGUUGCUGCUAAGUCUUCCAAAGGCAAGGCUAAAGCACAGACAAAUCUUACGUCCCGCCUUGGCAACAUGGUCCGUAACUUUCUAGGCUCUUCUCGCACCAAAUCUCAUUCCUUUUCAGAUUCACAGGUCAGUCUCAAACGGGCUGCUUCACCCUUUUAUUCUGACAAUGAUCGUGCAGCGUCUGUCCGCAAGGUUUCUCAACGUCCAUCCCCUACUGCUGUCGCUCCUACUCCCGUCUCCACCUCAAUGGAUACUCUCCAAAAAGAGAAGAAGAGUUACGACGUCAAAACGCUGACCUUGCCUUCAAACUCUCUGAACUUCAAAAAACGAACGAACUGCAACUGGCAAAGAUGGACAAGCAAGCUAAUCAGAUAAUUGCUCUGCAACAGUCCAUCGAUAACUUAACCAAAGACUUCUCGGCCAUGAACCACAAUUACCAACAGCUUCU